AUGGGGUUGCUCGGCCAAGUUAGUUCGGCCGUGAACAAGGUGCCUCACGGCUUCAAGCACUCGAAGGAAGACGCUCCUCCGGAGGGCGCACAUGCAGACGACAUGGAAGAGCUUGAUGAGGAGUCGGGCAAUAUCCUGAUGAGUCUUAUUAGCCAGUUGCGGAUUGGUAUGGAUCUCUCCAAAGUGACUCUCCCUACGUUCGUGCUCGAGCCGCGCAGUAUGCUGGAGCGUGUCACGGACUUUUUGAGCCACCCCGAUCUGAUAUUUGGUGCGGACAAGCUGGAUAACCCUGAAGAGCGCUUCAUCGCUAUCAUGACGUACUACAUGUCCGGCUGGCACAUCAAGCCGAAGGGCGUGAAAAAGCCGUACAACCCCAUUCUGGGCGAGUUCUUCCGCUGCAGCUAUACCUACCCUGACGGCACUGUGGGUGUGUACAUUGCCGAGCAAGUCUCGCAUCACCCGCCUAUUAGCGCUUAUUACUACGUGUCGCCUCAAAACAAUGUCUUGAUCUACGGUGAUCUUCGCCCUAAGAGCAAGUUCCUGGGUAACUCUGCCGCUACUCUCAUGGGUGGAACCAGUCACAUUGUAAUGCUUAACCGCCCUGAGGAUGGUGAGUACCUUAUUAGCAUGCCCAAUAUGUACGCCCGAGGUAUUCUCUUCGGUAAAAUGGUGUUGGAGUUGGGUGACCAUAGCGAGGUUACCAACGUGGCGAAUGACAUCUCCAGCACAGUUGAGUUCAAGGUGAAAGGCUACUUCACGGGCACGUAUAACGCUAUCGGCGCUAAGGUGGUUCACCGUGGCCAGACUGUGGGUGAACUCUCAGGCAAGUGGAACGAGUCUGUGGAGUACAAAGACUCGAAGACAGGCUCUACACGAGUUCUGUUCAACUCCAAGACUCUCCAGGCUGUCAGGAAGGAUACUGUGCCCUUGAACGAACAAGAGCCGAACGAAUCGCAGAGGCUGUGGGCUAAGGUUACAGAGGGUAUUAAGGAAAAGAACAUGGAGAAGGCGACGCAGUAUAAGACAGAGAUUGAGGAGGCUCAGCGUGAGGCUGCUCGUCAACGCCAGACUACAGGCCAGGCGUGGCAGCCUCGCUUCUUCAUUGUCCAUGGUGACCGAUUCAUCCCGAACAUGUCUGCCCUGCCGGAAAUGUACUGCCCUCCUGCGGCUCAGCAGUAUUUCGCUAACGAGCUCACGAAGGCGACAUAA